UCCCUCAUCCCGGCGGCCGCACUCCCUCCUCCACCGCAUCGGCCUACAUUCCACCCUGUCCACACCUCCACGACCCACCUCACGACCCUUCUCUGACUGGCUGAACGCACCCACCUCCCGCCUCCCGUCUCGCCCACGCAGCGCUCGCCCGUCAUGGACCCCGCAUACGUGCAGCAGCUGCACACGCUGCUCCAGCAGAGCAAUGUCCCCGACACGGCCACCGUCAAGGCUGCCACGGCGCAGCUGGCGGCCAUGUUCAAGAACCCGGCCUGCGUGCCGGCCCUCUUUGAGAUCCUCGCCUCGUCGCCCGACCUCGCCGUGCGCCAGCUGGCGGCCGUCGAGAUGCGCAAGCGCCUCAGCAAGAGCGGCGGCAAGGUGUGGCUCAAGCAGGCCGUCGAUGUGCGGGCGGGCAUCAAGGCGCGCCUGCUCGAGAUCAUCGCCAAGGAGGACAGCACACUGGUGCGCAACGCCAUCUCGCGCGUCAUCUCGGAGAUUGCCAAGAAGGAGCUGCUGGCCGGCACAUGGCCGGAGCUGCUGCCGUUCCUCUUCGGCGCCGCAGACUCGCCGACGGCGUCGCACCGCCAAGUCUCGAUCUUCGUCUUCUUUACCGUGCUCGAGACGUUUGUCGACGGCGGCGAGAAGCUCGAGGCCUACCUGCCGCAGAUCCUCGCCGUGUUCGCAAAGAGCCUGCAGGACCCAGAGAGCAUCGAGGUGCGCAUCACCACGGUUCGCGCGCUCGGCAAGGUCGCCGAGAACCUCGAGUCGGACGCGGGACAGGACCUGACGACGAUGCAGCAAGCCAUCCCUCAGAUGGUGCGCGUGCUGCACGACUGUCUCGAGCAGUCGCACACCGAGGGCGUGCGGCAGGUGCUCGACGUCUUCGAGUCGCUCUGCAUGCUCGAGUCGCCCGUCAUCAGCAACUCGGUGCCCGACCUCAUCGAGUUUUUCCUCACCAACGGCGCCAACACGGAGCACGAGGAGUCGCUUCGCAUCAUGUGCUUCAACUCGCUCAUCUGGACAUGCCAGUACAAGCGCAGCAAGGUGCAGGCUCUCGGUCUCGCCAAGCCGAUGAUCGAGCGUCUGAUGCCCGUCGUCACGGAGGAGGACCCCGACGAGCCGGACGAGGACUCGCCGUCUCGACUGGCGCUGCGCGUCAUCGACGGCCUGGCCACCGAGCUGCCGCCGAACCACGUCUUCCCGCCGCUGCUCGAGCAGAUGCAGGCGUACAUGGGCCACGCCAGCCCACAUCACCGCAAGGCCGCGCUCAUGGCCUUUGGCGUCAGCGUCGAGGGGUGCAGCGAGUACAUUCGGCCACACAUGGAGCAGCUGUGGCCGUUCAUCGAGGCCGGUCUGCGGGACGGCGAUGUGAUUGUGCGCAAGGCGGCCUGCAUCUCCCUCGGAUGCCUCUGCGAGAGUCUCGACGACGAGUGUGCCAAGCGGCACGCCGUGCUGCUGCCGCUCAUCAUGGAGCUCGUCAACCAGUCCGAGACGCAGGGACAGGCCUGCACCGCCCUCGACUCGCUCCUCGAGGUGAUGGGCGACGACAUCAGCCAGUACCUGCCCGCCAUCAUGGAGCGUCUUGCCGGUCUGCUCGACUCGGCCCCCAUUGCCGUCAAGGCCACGGUGACGGGCGCCAUCGGCUCGGCGGCACACGCCUCCAAGGCCGGCUUUACGCCGUACUUCCAGCAGACGAUGCAGCGCAUGACGCCGCAUCUGCUGCUCAGCGAGGAGGGCGACGAGAUGGACCUGCGCGGCAUCACCACCGACACGAUUGGCACGUUUGCCGAGGCCGUGGGCAAGGAGGCCUUCCGGCCGUACUUUGCCGAGCUGAUGAAGCACUCGUUCCAGAGCAUGACGCUCGAGUCGCCGCGGCUCCGCGAGUGCGCCUUCAUCUUCUUUGCCGUCAUGGCGCGCGUCUUUGGCGAGGAGUUUGCGCCGUACCUCGAGCACGUCGUGCCUGCGCUGCUGGCGUCGUUCAAGCAGGCCGAGCACGACCCCGUGCCUGGCGCGGCGGGCGACGGCACCGUCUCGGGCGCCGGCGUCGGCACGUCGGCAGAGGGCGACUUUGUCACGACGGAUGAUGGCGACGACGAGUACAUCGACCUCGAGGAACUCAACGACUCCUUCCUCAACGUCAACUCUGCCAUUGCCGUCGAGAAGGAGGUGGCCGCCGACUCGCUGGGCGAGAUUUUCGUCUACACCAAGGCGGCCUUCCUGCCGUACCUCUCGGCCUCGAUUGAGGAGAUGACCAACCUGCUCGAGCACUUCUACCAGGGCAUCCGCAAGAGUGCCGUCUCGAGUCUCUUUGCCGCCAUCAACACGCUCAACGAGCUCAGCGCGCCGCAAGACUGGCAGCCCGGACUCAACGUCGAGGUGCCGCUCAACGCAGACGUGCAGCAGCUCGUCGACGCCGUCAUUCCGCAGAUUCUCAGCGCCUGGGCCGACGAGGAUGACCGGACCACGGCCAUCGAGUUCUGCCACUCGCUCUCCGAGUGCCUCAACAAGAACGGCCCGGGCAUCAUCGCCAAGCACGCAGACCAAGUAUGCAACUACGCCGCCGAGAUUCUCGACCAAAAAUCGAUGGCCCAGAUCGACACGGAGUCGCCCGAGGAGUCGGGCGUCGAGGACAUUUCCGAGUACGAGUCGGUGCUCAUCGGCGCGGCAAUGGAUCUGGUCGGCGCCAUGGCGGCCGUCUUUGGCGGCGACUUUGUCGACCCGCUCGGCGCGCUGCUGCCCAAGAUCACAAAGUACUACUCGCCCGCACGCAGCUCGACGGAUCGCGGAGCGGCCAUGGGCAGCCUGGGCGAGAUCAUCGUCGGCAUGAAGCAGGCCAUCACGCCGCUGACGGGCGAGCUCCUCACGACGCUCUCUCGCGCGCUGCAAGACGAGGAGGCCGCCGUGCGUUCCAACGCCGCCUUUGCCUCGGGCUGUCUCAUCGAGUACACGCAAACGGACCUCUCCGAGCACUUUCCCGCGCUGCUCAACGCCAUCCGGCCCAUGUUCACGCCUGCCGCCGCCGACGAGCGCGAGGAGAUCAGCAAUGCGCGCGACAACGCCUGCGGCUGUCUCUCGCGCAUGAUUUUGCGCAAGCAAGACGCCGUGCCGCUCGAGCAGGCGCUGCCCAUUCUGCUCUCCUCCAUGCCCCUCAAGCGCGACUUUGCCGAGUGGACGCCCGUGCUGCAGUGCUUCAUGACGCUCCUGCAGGCCAACGACGGCGCGGCAAUGACGCACGUCGAUGCCAUUCUCCAGCUCUUCGCCCACGUCCUCGCCGAUGCAGACGAGCCGCUGGACGCAAAGACGCGCGGCCAGCUCGUCGGCUUCGUCUCGAGCCUCAAUGCGCAGGCGCCCGAGAAGAUUCAGGCGGCGGGAUUGCAACCAUACCUGGUCUGAGGCGGGCCCAGCGGGCCUCGCCGACGUCGCUUCUCUCUCUCUCUCCGUCACCCUCCUUGUGCUUCCAUCGCGACCCCCUAGACACACGCUCUCUCUCUCUCUGAUCCACCCCGAGCUCUCUACCUAUUCGUCCCUUGCCGUGGCCUAAAACAUCCUUUGAGUAUCCCCU